CCGGCAAAUUCAAUUAAAUGUUUUUCUUGCCUAAUCGUUUCAUCUUGUGGCUGAAAAAAAAAACUGGAAAGAUAUAUAGCAAAAUUGCACCAAAUUCUAUCAGUUGCGCCAUUCGAAAAUGGCGACUGCCAAUUUUUGCCGCCCCAAGUUCAUUCAUCAUCAGCAGCACCAGAAUUGCUUUAACCUUCCUACGAAUCUCUACUUCAGUCAACACUUAAAAAGCAAACGCAGCGACGGAGCUCAGUCCGUACGACGGCGGCGGCAACGGUGGCGUAGUAGCUUGCGUGUGGAUUGCCAAGCAGCUGCGACUGACCUCGAAGCCACAGCUCGCGCCGGGAAAGACCGUCUGUUGAAGGUACCAAUAUCAAAUAUAAGGAAUUUCUCAAUAAUAGCACAUAUUGAUCACGGGAAAUCGACGUUGGCAGAUAAGUUGCUGCAAAUGACGGGAACCGUAGAGAGCCGAGACAUGAAGGAACAGUUUCUAGAUAAUAUGGAUUUGGAGAGAGAAAGAGGCAUCACUAUCAAAUUGCAGGCUGCUCGAAUGCGUUUCAUUUAUGAAAAUGAGCCAUAUUGCCUUAAUCUGAUUGACACUCCAGGUCAUGUAGAUUUCUCGUAUGAGGUCUCUCGGUCUCUUGCUGCCUGUGAAGGUGCACUACUUGUAGUUGAUGCGUCCCAGGGAGUAGAGGCACAAACCCUGGCUAAUGUGUAUUUAGCAUUGGAAAACAAUCUUGAGAUCAUCCCGGUUUUGAACAAGAUUGAUCUUCCAGGGGCUGAUCCAGCUCGUGUUUGUCAAGAGAUAGAAGAGAUUGUUGGCCUGGAUUGUAGCAAUGCCAUAUACACCUCAGCAAAGGAAGGAAUAGGUAUUACUGAAAUUCUAAACGCGAUUGUUCAGAGGAUUCCACCUCCACGUGAUACUGCCGAAAGGCCUCUGAGGGCUCUUAUAUUUGACAGUUACUAUGAUCCAUAUCGGGGCGUUAUUGUUUAUUUUCGAGUCAUUGAUGGGACUAUUAAGAAAGGUGAUAGAGUGCUUUUUAUGGCCAGUGGGAAGGAUUAUUAUGCUGAUGAAUUAGGAGUUUUAUCUCCCAACCAGUUGCAAGUUGAUCAAUUAUACGCUGGAGAGGUGGGGUUUCUUUCAGCUUCCAUAAGAUCCGUAGCUGAUGCUAGGGUGGGUGACACUAUAACACACUUCCAGAGAAAAGCAGAACAAUCAUUACCGGGAUACAAGGAGGCUACUCCAAUGGUUUUUUGUGGCUUGUUCCCUGUUGAUGCCGACCAGUUUAGUGAGCUUCGCGAUGCGUUGGAGAAAUUGCAACUUAAUGAUGCUGCAUUGAAGUUUGAGCCAGAGACUUCAAGUGCUAUGGGUUUUGGAUUUCGAUGUGGGUUUUUGGGUCUUCUUCACAUGGAAAUUGUUCAGGAAAGGCUCGAGCGCGAGUACAAUUUGUCUCUAAUAACUACAGCCCCAAGUGUUGUUUACAGAGUCAAUUGCAUAGAUGGUGAUACUGUUGAGUGUUCAAAUCCAUCUUUGCUUCCUGAACCUGGAAAAAGACGGUCAAUUGAAGAGCCAUUUGUUAAGAUUGAGCUGCUCACACCAAAAGAAUAUAUAGGUGCUCUUAUGGAACUGGCUCAAGAUCGACGAGGAAUAUUCAAAGAGAUGAAAUAUAUUACCGAGAAUAGAGCAUCAAUCAUAUAUGAAUUGCCACUUGCUGAGAUGGUUGGAGAUUUCUUUGAUCAGCUAAAGUCAAGAAGCAAAGGUUAUGCAAGCAUGGAAUACAACUUCAUUGGGUAUACAGAAAGUGAUUUGAUAAAGCUUGAUAUUCUCAUAAAUGGUGAUCGUGUCGAACCCUUGGCAACAAUCGUACAUAAAGAUAAGGCAUAUUCUGUGGGAAGGGCUUUAACCCAAAAGCUAAAAGAACUUAUACCCAGACAAAUGUUUAAAGUACCAAUUCAGGCAACCAUUGGCUCAAAAGUUAUUGCCAGCGAGGCUAUAUCUGCUAUCAGGAAGGAUGUUCUCGCCAAGUGCUAUGGUGGUGACAUCUCAAGAAAAAAGAAACUGCUCAAGAAACAGGCUGAAGGAAAGAAAAGGAUGAAAGCCAUUGGUAAAGUUGAUGUACCACAGGAAGCAUUCAUGGCUGUAUUAAAACUUGAAAAAGAGGUCUUAUAAUUCAUUUUGUUAGUAAAGAUUUUUACCGUACAUCCUACCCUCGUCAGACCCGAUUAGGUUUGCGGGCCAAAAUGCGGUAAAGAAAGUGGGGACUACAUUGAUUCUGAUAUAAAUAUCAUGUGAAUAGCUGUAUGACCUGGGAAUUUUUUUUAUUUCUUUUUGAGUUUUUUGCAUUAUUUCAAACACAGCAUUAAUGAAUAGCUAAUUCAGAUUGAGAAGUUCCUAUUUUAGUGACUUUGUAUAUAAAGGAACAAUUAUCUUUUGUUAAUUACACUUGAUUUUUUUUCUGA